UCUGACUGAACUCGCUGUCAGAUCCGUUUUUUUAAGGUCCGAUAGUGUAGCGAGUAGACAUUUAUAGCAGCAAUGUAACGCUCCACAACGAGUGUUGCUAACGACUGGGCCCGGCUAACAGUACGCUAGCACGGUUAGCACACUGCUAGCAAGAUGAAUAGCUUAGCUAACUGGUUAGCUUUAGCAGUCGCCGAGCUUUUUAAUAACUCCGCGUGGAUGUAAUAUAACGUUAGAGUCCCCAUGGAUGACCUGACCAAAGCCCUCUCGGCCAGCUUCGCUGUGUCCAAGGAGCCCAACAGCACCGCCGCCCCCCACCCCCGGCUGGCCCAGUACAAGAGCAAGUACAGCGUGCUGGAGCAGAGCGAGCGCCGGCGACGCUUCCUUGACCUGCAGAAAAGUAAAAGGUUAAACUACGUUAACCAUGCGCGGCGUCUGGCUGAUGGGGACUGGACGGGGGCAGACAGCGAUGGAGAGGAGGACAUGGAGAAGAAGGAGGACGGGGAGCAGGACGACCACACAGAGGAAGAGGGGAUGGAGAUUGAGAGGAGGAAGCUGCCAAAGCAUUAUGCGAACCAGAUCAUGCUGUCAGAGUGGCUGGUGGAUGUGCCGUCAGAUCUGGACACUGAUUGGAUGAUGGUGGUCUGUCCCGUGGGGAAGAGAUCUCUUAUUGUUUCCUCCAAGGGCUCCACCGCUGCGUACACUAAAAGUGGCUACUGUGUGAACCGCUUCCCCUCCCUGCUGCCCGGUGGGAACCGACACAACUCGGCCGUGGGGAAAGACUACACGAUCCUGGACUGCAUUUACAGCGAGGUGGACAGAACGUACUACAUCCUGGACGUCAUGUGCUGGAGAGGCCACCCGGUCUACGACUGCCCGACCGAGUUCCGUUUCUUCUGGCUCCAGUCCAAAGUCCAGGAGACGGAGGGCCUAUCGGAAAUCGCCAAGCGAAACCCUUUCCGGUUUGUGAGCCUGCAGAGCACAGACUGCACGGCAGAGCUGAUUCAGAAAGCACUGGCUGCCGAGUACAGCUUCAGCGUGGACGGCCUGCUCUUCUACCACCGGCAGACCCACUACACCCCCGGCAGCACCCCCCUGGUGGGCUGGCUACGCCCCUACAUGGUCACCGACAUCCUGGGCAUUGAGGUGCCGGCGGGACCCCUCACCGCCAGGCCCGAGUACGCCAGCCACCAGCUGCAGCAGAUCCUGGAGCACAAGAAGCCGUCGAGCGAAGUGCGCCCGGCCAACAGCAGCGGCGGCUACGAGCUGGAGUACCUGUCCACGCCGAGCCAGGACAGCGGGGACACGGUGAACUUCUCCAACCAAAAGCCGAGAGGCGAAGCCACCAUGGAGGUCUGAGUGGGAGGCUGAACGAGGUGCAAGUUGCUCACUCUGGGUGCGAGUGCCGGCGGCCCACAUACGCCUCUUUAGAAUGUCUGCUGAAUGGGGUCUUUGCCGAUCCGACCGAAGCGCGCCUAAUUCUAAUCCGGCACUGAUCGGGACGCCCUCGGAGUGCCAACUAGCAGAGCUCUGCCUUGCAUGUGUUUUUAAACUCUGCCAUUUACAUUUUGUACCUGUGGCAGAACUCUUGUCUAGUCGCACAGUAUUUAGCCCCGAAAGUACGAUAUGGAGCUUCCAAACCAUCGCACACCUACAAAAAUGAAGACGAGCGGUGUGAUAGAAGUGCAGCAGUCAAUAUUGCGGACAAGUUUUAUUUCUCCUCUGCACUUAAAACAAAUAAUCGGAAACAUCCUUACUGUUUGUUCUCAGUUGUUUGCAGACUGCAACCUUCUUUGUUACGUAACCACCACAAAUAAUACCGCAAUCGCAUUGUGGAGCGGCUCACUCGUUUGGACAGCCAAUGAGGGCUCUGUGUUUUAUAAAGGGGGGGGGGCGCUCACUGGGCCCCUUCCCCCAGCUUCGAUCGAUGCAGAAUGGCAGCAGUCACUUGGGACUUUUACAAUUUAAUGUUAAAUUUGAUUAUUGCUUCAAACAUGUUUUUAAAGUGUAAGUUUCUAAAUAAAUACUUUUUUAUUGGCCUUCA